AGCAAUGGAGUAGAAAUAAGCAUAACCCACUUGAGAAAGACAACUCUCCCAAUAGUUGUUUCUGUUAGACAAACCCUUCUCACCAAACAAAACCUUUAAACAAAUUUUUAUAACAAAAUCUUCAUCAUAAGAUAAUAAAUGAUGCUCUGUUUUUCCCCUGUUUCUUUAUAUUUCCUCUGUUUUUCUCUGUUUCUUUCAACCCACCAUUUUUCUCCUAUCAAUCCCAUGCGUCGAAAAUCAUCACUCCUUCUUCUCUCCACUGACAAUACAAUGAAACAGAAGAAGAACAAUAACCUCUCUGUUUUUGUCGUCGUGUUUUCGAUACUUCUUUUCGGGUUUUUCAUGUACAAUGAGGAUGUUAAAUCGAUUGCAGAAUUCCCAUUUUCUAAGCAAAAAGUUCAAGAAAUGCAAGAAAACAAACCAAUUGAAGUAAACCCAGUUCGAAUUAUGGAAAACCCAGAAAUUUCAGCUAAAAUUGAGGCCAAAACAGAGGAUGUUUCGAUUGAAACAAGAACAGAGCAAGAAACAGGGGAAGUGAAUUCUGAGGAUAAUGAUGAUGUAAAGAAGACAGUUUUAGUGAGAGAAAGUGGUAAGGAAGAGAGAGAAAGUGAAAUUGUAGUUGAAGAAGAAGAAGAUGAUGAAGAAAUUGAAUUACCUCCAAAAGAAUGUGAUUUAUUUACAGGACAAUGGGUUUUUGAUAAUGUUACACACCCGUUAUAUAAGGAACAUGAAUGCGAAUUUCUCACUGAACAAGUUACUUGUAUGAGAAAUGGAAGAAAAGAUUCAACUUACCAAAAUUGGAGAUGGCAACCUAAAGAUUGCAAUUUGCCAAAAUUCAAGCCAAAAUUAUUGCUAGAGAAGUUAAGAAAUAAAAGAUUGAUGUUUGUGGGUGACUCAUUAAAUAGAAAUCAAUGGGAAUCAAUGGUGUGCUUUGUUCAAUCUGUUGUUCCUUCUAGUAGGAAGAGUUUGGUCAAGACUGGAUCGUUUAACAUCUUCAGGGUCGAGGACUACAAUGCUACGGUGGAAUUCUAUUGGGCACCAUUCUUAGUAGAAUCAAAUUCUGAUGAUCCAAAAAUGCACAGCAUUUUAGACAGAAUCAUCAUGCCUAAAUCAAUAAAAAAACAUGGUGUAAAUUGGAAGGAUGCAGAUUAUCUAAUCUUCAACACUUACAUUUGGUGGAUGAACACUUUUAACAUGAAAGUUUUGCGAGGAUCGUUCAAUGAAGGGGCAACCGAGUACGAUGAGGUAGAGAGGCCGGUGGCUUAUGCAAAGGUGUUGAAGACAUGGUCUAAGUGGGUCGAUAAAAACAUUGAUCCUAAUCGUACAACGGUUUUCUUCAUGAGCAUGUCUCCUCUUCAUAUCAAGAGUUUGGACUGGGACAACCCUGAUGGUAUAAAAUGUGCCCUAGAGACGACGCCAAUCUUGAACACGUCAAUGCCAUUGAACGUAGGCACGGACAAGAGACUGUUUAGGAUCGCACACAACAUAACACAGUCGAUGAAAAGGGUUCCGGUGAGCUUCCUAAACAUAACGUCGUUGUCGGAGUAUCGGAAAGAAGCACACACAUCGGUACAUACCAUUAAACAGGGAAAAUUGUUAACACCAGAACAACAAGCAGACCCUGAAACUUUUGCUGAUUGUAUUCACUGGUGCCUCCCUGGUCUUCCUGAUACAUGGAAUGAGUUUCUAUACACUAGAAUUAUCUCUAGCCACACGUGACCUCUUGUUCUACACGUGACAUGACGUUCUUUAUUUUUUUUUUAUUUUUUUAUUUUUCUAAAUGUCCAAUUUUUGUGAGUCGUCGAUUAUUGAAAAUUGAUGUCUAGGAUUGCAAGAUUGCAUUCCAAUUGUGUAGAAAGGGAAAAAGAAUGUUUAGUUGAUUAAUUUUUAAGAUUAGGGCGAAAAUCGCCUGCAUGCAAAGAAAGAAAUUUGAGAAUGUAACAUAUGAUUCAAGAAGCAAUAAGAAAAAGUGGUAAAAGAGAAAUGUAUAGAGGAGUCUUUGCUCCAAGAAAUCAAUGAAAUUUUCAUGACUAUUCAGUGUGAUCCAAA